GGGAGGAGGAGGACUUUAUGAUUGCUUGUAGUGGAGGGACCUGAACAACCCCAGGAGCUGAAAUCAUAAUGCGCCUAUAAAUAUAUAUUAGUAAUAUAGGUUCAGUAGUCUUCUAGCUAUGGCACUCCAAUAGUGGUGUGCAACUACAACUCUCAGCAUGUACUGGAAAUUGUAGCUUCAAAACAUUACUGUUUGUAGUAAAUUACAUUUCUGGGGUGAACCCCCCCAGGUUGUAGCCAGAAUGCUGCAAUAACCUCUAAAUGUGUUUCCUCUCCGUGGCCGCAUCUCCACAUGAUGACGUGUAGGAGCGACGCAUCAGGUACAGGGAUCACCUCAGCAGUUCUCAGCAGGACCAUCGCCUGCUCUCAGAAUGACCUCCAUGGAUAAAAGCAGCAUUUACAUGGCAGACAGGAUUAUAAGCCUCACCCUGGAGAUCUUGUUCCUCCUGACUGGAGAGGAUUACACAGUAGUGAAGAAGACCUCUGGUGAUCACAUCACAUCAAGCAGCAGCUUCACCGGGUCAGAAGACAAAGCCAUAUCUAAAGAGCUUCUUAUGACAUCUCGGGGACCCUCAAUAAAACCUGAGAACAGUAAUGAGAGGAUUCUUCAGCUCACCAACCAGAUCCUUCAGCUGCUGACUGGAGAGGUUCCUGUACGGUAUCAUGACAUCGCUGUCUACUUCUCUAUAGAAGAAUGGGAUUAUGUAGAUAAACACAAGAACCUGUACAAGAACAUCGUCAAGGAUGACGAGCAGAACCUGUCCAAGAACAUCGUCAAGGAUGACGAGCAGAACCUGUCCAAGAACAUUGUCAAGGAUGACGAGCAGAACCUGUAUAAGAAUAUCAUCAUGGAUGACCAGCAGAACCUGUACAAGAACAUCAUCUUGGAUGACCAGCAGUAUUCCCCACAAGACGAGGUUCCUGUUUUUGCUCCCAAACUUGAAACCGAAGACGAUUUAAUGGAAUAUCGUUCAGAAAAUCCCUUUCUCCCGAAUAUACAGACUCCUGUCCCUGCUGAUUAUACCUCAUUUAACCUUAGUAACGGACCAGUCUCUACGCUUAAGAAAGCCCACUGCGAUCACUGCGCCCAGUGCAUAAUUGUCCAGCGCAGGAGCGGGCAGAAGCCGUUUUCUUGCUCAGACUGCGGUAAAAGCUUCAAGUUUCGAUCAAGGCUCGUCGCCCAUCAGCGUGUUCACACAGGGGAAAAACCGUUUGCCUGUCUCGAGUGCGGGAAGUGUUUUAUAAGGAAAGAAAAACUGGUGGAACAUAAAAGGAUUCACACGGGAGAGAAGCAGUGUUCAUUUUGCGGGAAAUGUUUUACUCAGAAGUCGAAAUUGGUUGAGCACCAGAGAACCCACACGGGGGAGCGACCGUUUUCUUGUCUGCAAUGCGGGAAAAGUUUUGCUCAGAAAGCAACGCUGACGAAACACGAGCGCAUUCACACGGGGGAGAAACCGUUCUCUUGUUCCGAGUGCGGGAAACGUUUCUUGCUGAAGUCGAAUCUUCACUGUCAUCAGAGGACUCACGUCGGACAGAAGCCAUUCUCGUGCUCCUAUUGUGACAAGGGCUUUGCGCAGAAGUCACAUCUCGCUGAACAUAUAAAAAUUCACACAGGGACAAAACUUUUUUCAUGUUCACAAUGCGAUAAAAGUUUCCCACAGAAAUCUGGACUCAUGGCUCACCUGAAAGUCCACACAAGUGAAAAACAUAUUUAAAGGGCUCCUCCCUACUACCCCUUUUGGUAUCCUUAUUAUCAGUGUACGGUGAUAUAACCUUGUUAAAGGUCCCAACCUGAACUACUUGUAUAAUAAAU